AUGCUGUCAUUCUGGGAUGUGGUCAUUUAUUUCUCUGCAGAGGAGUGGGAAUUACUGGGUCCUGCUCAGAGGAAACUGUACAGGGAUGUGACGUUGGAGAAUUACAACAACCUUGCGUUCCUGGGUCUUGCUUCCUCUAAACCAUACCUAGUCACAUUUCUGGAGCAAAGACAAGAGCCUUCAGAUGUGAAGAGAGGAGUGGCCAUCACUAAGUACUCAGGAGGAAAAUGUUAUACCAGCAAAGAAUGUGCAAAAAUUUUUGAGUGGGAAAAACUAUUUCAAAAUCACUACAGAUAUCAUUUAAGAGUGAACGCCUACAAGUGUGAAGUAUGUGGCAAGUCCUUCCAUUUUCCAUCACGUCUUGCUAAACACAACAGAAUUCAUAAAGGAGAAAAACCCUACAAGUGUGAUGUCUGUGGCAAUGCCUUCAAUUAUUCUUCAAGCCUUUCCAAGCAUAUGAAAAUUCAUACAGGAGACAAACCAUACAAGUGUGAAGUGUGUGGAAAGUCCUUCCAUUUUCCAUCAUUACUUUUGAUACACAAUAGAGUUCAUACAGGAGAGAAACCCUACAAGUGUGAAGUAUGUGGCAAGGCCUUCCAUACUCCUUCUUUAUGUUCUAGACACAAGAAAAUUCAUACAAGAGAGAAACUCUACAAGGGUGGCAAGGCCUUUGAUUUUCCUUCAAAACUUUCCAUCCAUAAGAAAAUUCAUACAGUAGAGAAAUCCUAUAAAUGUGAAGUAUGUGGCAAGGCCUUCUAUUACCCAUCAAGACUUUCCAAUCAUAAGAAAAUUCAUACAGGAGAGAAACCAUACCAAUGUGAAGAAUGUGGGAAGGCCUUCUGUUUUUCAUCAUCACUAUCUAAACACAGGAGAAUUCACACAGGAGAGAAACCAUACACAUGUAAAGACUGUGGGAAGGCCUUCCGCACUCUCUCAUCACUUUCUAAACACAAGAAAAUUCAUACUGGAGAAAAACCCUACAAGUGUGAAGUAUGUGGCAAGGCCUUCCAUUAUCCAUCCUUACUUUCUAAACACAAGACAAUCCAUACAGGACAGGAACCCUACAAGUGUGAAGUAUGUGACAAGGUCUUCAAUUAUCCAUCAAAGCUUUACAAACAUAAGAGCAUUCACGCAGGAGUGAAACCCUAAAAUUGUGAUCUAUCAGUGAAUUCCUUUAGAACUUUCUGGAUUUUUUCUACUCAUUUGAUAACUAACUCUGGGGAGAAACCAUAAAAAAGGGAGGAAUGUGGCAGACCUUCCUCUACAAAAGCAUAUUUACAAAUGAAAAGAAUAUGUCAAAAUAAUCAUCAUAUACUUCAUUCUGGAGAGAAACCUUACAAAUUUAAAAAAUGUGACAGGGCUUCUCUGUGUUGCACUGACACUCUUGAAAUUCGCUCUUUAUGUGGCUGUCCCGUUGAGCGCCGCGUUUGGAUCUCUGACAUGGAGGAUAUGCUGUCAUUCUGGGAUGUGGUAAUCUAUUUCUCUGCAGAGGAGUGGGAAUUACUGAGUCCUGCCCAGUGGAAACUGUAUAGGGAUGUGAUGUUGGAGAAUUACAACAACCUUGUGUUCCUGGGUCUUGCUUCCUCUAGGCCAUACCUGGUCACAUUUCUGGAGCAAAUACAAGAGCCUUCAGAUGUGAAGAAUCAAGUGGACAUCACUAUGUACACAGGGGGAAACUGCUAUCCCUGCCAAGACUGUGGUAAUGUCUUUGAGGGGAAAGAAGCAUUUCAAAAUCAUCGUGUAGAAGUGAAGCCCUACAAAUGUGAAGAGUGUGGCAAGUCCUUCCGUUUUCCAUCAGUACUUUCUGAACACAAAAGGAUUCAUACAGGAGAAAAACCCUACAAGUGUGACAUCUGUAGCAAGGCCUUCCAUGGGCCAUCAAGACUUUUUCAACAUAAGAAAAUUCACGUAAAAAUCUACAAGUGUGAAGUAUGUGGCAAGGCUUUCAGUUAUUCAUCAAGACUUUAUGUUCACAUGCGCAUUCAUACAGAAGAGGAGCCAUACAAGUGUGAAAUAUGUGGGAAGGCCUUCCACUCCCCACCAUCACUUAAUCAACACAUGUUAAUUCAUACAGGAAAGAAACCCUACAAUUGUGAUAUAUGUGGCAAGGCCUUCCGCUUUCCAUCAUUACUUUCAAAACACAAGAUAAGUCAUACAGACCAAAAACCCUACAAGUGUAAGAUAUGUGGACAGUUCCUCCGCUGUGAGUCAUCACUUCGUCAACACAAGAUAAUGCAUUCAGGAGUGAAACCCUACAACUGUGAAGUAUGUGGCAAGGGCUUCGAUUAUCCAUCCUUACUUUCUAAACACAAGAUAAUUCAUACAGAAGAGAAUCCCUCCGAGUGUAAAGUAUGUGGAAAGGUCUUCUACUCCUCAUCAUCACUUCGUGAACACCAGAAAACUCAUGGAGAGAAACCCUACAGAUGUGAAGUAUGUGGCAAGGCCUUCCGUUAUCCAUCAGAACUUUCCACCCAUAAGAAAAUUCAUACAAGAAAAAAAAAAAAAAAGUGUGAAGCAGGUGGGAAGGCCUUCCAUUAUCCAUCAUUACUUUCUAAACACAAGGUAAUUCAUACAGAAGAGAAUCAUUACAAGUGUGAAGUGUGUCACAAGGUCUUUAAUUAUCCAUCAAAACUUUACAAACAUAACAAAAUUCAUACAAAAGAGAAACCCAACAAAUAUGUGACCUGGCCUUCCAUGGUCCAUAAUUACAUUUUUGGAAAAAAAAAAAGAGAAACCAUACAGGUGGAAACCCUGAACUUGUGAUGUAUCAGUCAAAUCCUUCAGAGCUUUCCAGAUUCUUUCCCUCAUUUGAUAACUCAUUCUGGAGAGAAGCCAUACAAACCUGAGGAAUGUGAAAAGCCUCCUUUACAAAGUCAUACCUAUAUCUACAAAAAUUAACUCACAAUAUGGAGACUACUUACAAAUGAAAAGAACAUGUCAAAGUGCUCAACAAAUUUAGGGAUCACCAAAGAAUUUAUUCUGGAAAGAAACCAUACAAAUGCAAAAAAUGUGGUAAAUUCUUUUGAAGUUCCACUGCAUGGUCUGAACAGAGAAUAAUUCCUAUUGGAGAUAAACACUACACAUGUGAAAAAUGUGGCAAACACUAUUCUUACCAGUCUUCUGGUCUCAAGCCGCAUUAAAGACUUCAUCUAUGAGAGAAACAACACAAGUGUGGAGAAUGUAAUAAAGUCUUUUGGACUUACUGAAAAUUUGGGAAUAACCUCAUUCAUAAUACACUGAAAAAUACUGCAAACGCCUUAAUAAGCUUUCUUAAAUUUCUUGGCACAAAGUAGUUCAAACUGGAGAGAAACAGUUCAAAUGUUAAAAUGUUGAAAUAAUCUUAACACUUCUUCAGACCCUAAAAGUUAUCAACAGCUUCAUGCUGAAUAGAAGCCCUAUAAGUUUGAGGAAUGUGGUAAAGGCUUUGGAAUCUUUCAUACAAUCAUGACAAAAGUGGAGCUGUCAGACACCUGGAUUUUGGGGAUGAUCCUUCUUUGGUGUCUUUUGUUUCUUUUAGAAUUGAAACCCUUUUUGUAUACCAGGAUGUAGAAAAGUCGUCACUUGUUUGUAUACUGUAGGAGCUCACAGUUAAGAGACUGCCUUGAGUCUCACAUGACACAUGGACUGUGGUCUUUCAUACUGUUGUAAUUAUUAAAUACUUUGUGGACCUGUCAAGUUGUAGCCUAUUUACUUAUGAAGUGAGGGUAAAGUUGGGGAAAGGGAAGGAGUGUUAUGAUUAAAAGCUUUCAGGAGAGAGCUAGCAUGUUUGGGAACAAACUGAAUUGUUAACAAGACCCACACCCAUGUUAGUAAUCCCAGUACCCACAAAAUAGAACGAGGUAAUUGCCUCUGAAUGUUGUCCUCUGACCUCCAUGCAUGGGCCCCCACACAAACAUAAAUUUGUGUGCCCAGAAAUAAAUAAACGUAAACUACACUUUUGAAA